AUGUCUGCUCGGAAAGAGGAAAAGGAUACGUUUCAUUUCGUGGCGUUUCAAGAUCCUUCGAAUGCCGUGGCUCGAAAGUCGUUGGAAAAAUCCCGAGCACGUGCCCAUGCCGCUCGAGUCACACAUUCGAGGAGAAAGGCAAAGCGUGGGCAGACCGUCGUCAAAUGGAUUAUCGAGAGCUCAGGCUCUCCCAAGGACAACACUCCGAAGCAGGCACAAGACAAAGUCCAAGUAGCUGGAUUCAAGAUCAGCCCGCUUUCAUAUCUUGGGCAGGACAAGGUCGACCCCUUUGGAUCGAACCCUCAUACGGUAUUGCCGAAAUAUCUGCAAUCGAUUCUUGACUACGCCUACGAAAGUAUACACCCGAAGAUCAUAACCGUCCACGCGGUGAACAGUGUGUCCGAGGUCAAAAUAUCCUGGAGACGGAUCGGUCAAGAAUGGCCAUUGAUGUACCACCUGCAAGUUGCUUGUGCAGCAAACCUCGCUCGCGCAGGCGCCGACAAUGAGCGCCUCCCCCACAAGAUCGAGGUUCUACGAAUGAAACACCAAGCACGCGGGUUAGCUCUGGUGACGAAGGAGCUUCAGAACCUUAAAGGUCCGGCAUCCGAUUCAUUGAUCAUGGCACUGAUCAUGGCGGCGUUCCUGACCGAUCCCAAUCCCACCUCGGCUCAAUCUGGAGAAGUGGUUCCACCAUCUCCUUUGGCGACUGCUUGGAAUCUACACCUCUAUGCGAGCCUUACACUGAUGCCUUCUAUGAUCCAAGCUCUUAUGGAACUUGUCGUCAGCCGCGGUGGGAUGGACGCUUUGCAAGAAUAUGGACUCAAGAAUGUUCUUCAAUUGUCAGUCGGAUUUUCAACCAUUUUUGUCGAGUCUCUAGCUGAUGUGGAUAUUAGCGCCGACCUGAUGGUCAGCUCGAGGCUCAAUAUGAGUCCUUCUUUUCCCUGGGUGCUUCCAACCACGUCGAUUCUCCAUGGACCGAAGUAUCAGCCUGACCAUGAAGCUGUCAUGAUGUCAAUGGUGAUCGGCACCGGCUUCAGACAGAUAGAUCCAAUAGCUAUGGAUCUGGCAAAUGCCUUGAGAGCCGCAGGCGAGGUCACUGUCGCUCUUGACCACUACGUACAACGCCGCCCAAACCCGCCCAUCAUGGCCGAUAUAGUCAAUGCGGCGAAUCAAACUCACCACAGGCUAGCAAGUCUCGGGCCAAGGAUAACUAUGGAUCCCCAAAAGACCGACUACUUGUGGAAUCUAUGCCGCGUGGCUGGCCUCAUCUACAGCGACUUGGUACUGCUUCCCUUACCACCCACGACCGGUGUCAGACCUCGGCUGGCUGGAGAGCUUCGCCUUGCCAUGGAAUCUUUCGAAGUAUUUGAGGCUGAAGAAACUGCUUAUAUUGUCCCAGGCACCACAGCGGAGGAUUACACCUGUCUGGUCCUGUGGGCUCUAAUGAUGGGAGGUCUUGCUGCGCUAAACACACCCCACAAGGGAUAUUUUGUUCGAAAGAUGCAAGAAUACGUCCUCCGUUGGCCGUAUAUUAUCGAGUGGGGUGCUUAUACCAGUCUCAUGGCUACAUAUCUGUGGUGGGACCACAUAUUCGCGGAGCCUGUGGCAAUGCUAUGGACAGAGGUGACCUUGUCCCUAGCAGACGUGGUGCAGCAAGGCUCUGUAUUUACACAACCAAGUCACGAUACUCCUCCAGCAGAUCAAUUUCCCACACUCCCACUCCAUUUGAAAACAGAGCCUGGCUACCGUGGACUUUCGGUUCAAGAUGUAUCGACCUCGAGCCUCUUCGAGUAG